AUAAGCUGUGGAGAACAAGAGAACAGCGACGCGUACGUUCCGACACCCUAUUUUAGUGCCCUAGUGUUUCCACGCCUCCCAAAUACACUGAAAAAAAUUUAAGAAAUGCAAUCUAAAUAUUACAAGUAUAUAUCAGUGAAAAAUAUCGGUGCCAAUACGUGUUAAUGAUAUUGCGAUAAAGCGGUACAAGAAAAAAGUAAAGAGUUAAGGGAGGUGGGGGAAAUGUGUGUGCUUGCUGUUAUAGAUAUAAAAACAUUUUUUUAUGUCCCUAUGUGCGUAUGCAGCAUACUUUUUACAUAUUGUAUUUGCAGUGCGUAGUGUGAGCUAAGUGAAUUCAAAUAUUUCAACUGUACUGACCUAUGGUGAUAGGGGCGAACGCUGCAUACUUUUCCAUACAUAUCUUCAUAUAUACAUGUACAUAUGCAUGUAUACUUUGAAAUACAUGCAGUUGUAUGUAUGAUUACAUGAUUAUUGCCGCACUUAUACUUAUUCAUUAGAAUCACAAUGGCGUACUACUUUGAAAUCUGCAGCUUUGUUGUUGGAGUUGUUCGAAAGCACCUGAAAUUGUGAAAAUAAAGAUGUCCCUACAAAAGCUAACUGAAAGCACAAAUUCAGGUUAUGUCAGCUCCGAAGAAACGGAUUCACUGCUUAUAUCCAAUACGCCAAAAUGUAAGUCCUCUGUAUUACGUCACAUAAAAAUGAGCUCAGUAAAUGGACCAACAUCGAACAUGACUUCCUCAGCAUCUGGCAAACCCGCCUUGAUACGCCAGGACCGCACUUCUACCUAUCUAACGAGUCCGCAGCUUUCACAGCAAACUCGUAUUGGAUCUGAAGAAAGUGUACGCGGAGGUUGCGGAGAUGAUGACAUCGAACAAGGCCUACGACAGGCAACCGUGCCUGAUAUUGAAGUGCAUGAAGAGGAGCAGACAAACAAACGGUCGACUCAAAAGAAAUUGGAGUCAAAUCAUCUAAAACAGCAGCAAUUACAGUCACAUUCACGAUCACAAUUACAACAACAACACUCUCAACCGACCAUAUCAAUAACGAAUUUGAAUACGUAUCAGACGCCGCAAGAGUUUGCGCAUCCCCAAAGUAAUCCGAAUUUGGGAACAUCAUCAUAUCAGAAUCUCUCCUGUAGCUUAACAUCGGGCGCGCAAAAUCGGUGCCGUGCUUGUCGUAACUGUAGUAGACGAGCGUCAACCACGCCCAUCUCGACAACGGCCAGCAUUGGCAUGGACCGGUCAACAUCGAAAGACAGUGUUAAAAGUGCCUUUCAACAGGGUAACCUGUGCAUAUCCAGCUCUGCGAUGCAACAACACGCACCGCCUUCUGUUCUCGUUACUUCAUCGCCUACAAAUGGGUCUCGCAUAAUCCGGCAAAGCUCUCAGCCAGAGUCCAGUACCACUGCCAUUUGUUGUGGGGCCCACAGCUCUUGUGGCCACUCGCACACAGUUCCCAAUGUUUCACUUAAACUGCUGCGGGACAGUGCUACGGACGGAAUUGCCGGCAUCGCUGCUGAUUCGUUACGCAUUAAUGGUGGCAUGCGUCCAUUCAAGCAGGGUGUUCUUCUAAUGCCCCGAACAUUGUCCGAGAGCCGAAAAUUGCGCCUCAGAAGAGCUUUUACAGAAGCAACUAAUGAAUCACUGCAAUGCUCUAAAAUGCUCCGCAAACCAGCAUCCACUCUUUCAAUUCCUGGCUCGAUGAAAACACCUUCUAUAGCGAAUCGGGAACAGAAUUCAUCCGGAUGCAACGAAGAAGCAGCCGAGGCUCUAGUGGGUAUCCACUCCGAUUACCCCAGGUACAUGGAGGAGCGUGCUCUCACUGGCGGUAAUACAUCGCGGAAGCCUUCUACUAUUUCAGCUAAGCACAAACCAAAUGUCGGAUACAGGCUAGGUAAACGAAAAGCUCUAUUCGAGAAAAGGAAACGCAUCAGUGAUUAUGCUCUGGUAAUGGGCAUGUUCGGCAUAAUAGUUAUGGUGAUUGAGAAUGAAUUAAGCAGUGCUGGUGUUUAUACAAAGGCUUCGUUUUACUCGACAGCGUUAAAAACCUUAAUAUCUGUUUCGACUGUGAUUCUUUUAGGUCUUAUUAUAGCUUACCAUGCUUUGGAAGUGCAGUUGUUCAUGAUAGAUAAUUGUGCAGACGAUUGGCGGAUCGCAAUGACAUGGCAACGAAUUAGUCAGAUAAGUUUAGAACUUUUUAUAUGCGCAAUUCAUCCAAUUCCUGGUGAAUACUAUUUCCAAUGGACGACAAAAUUGGCAAAUAAAAAUAAAACAAUGGGCACCGAAAUGGUGCCGUAUGACGUCGCAUUAUCAUUACCCAUGUUCCUUCGGUUAUAUCUAAUAUGUCGAGUUAUGCUACUUCAUUCAAAAUUAUUUACGGACGCAUCAUCGCGGAGCAUAGGAGCCCUCAACAGAAUUAAUUUUAAUACAAGAUUUGUUUUAAAAACCUUAAUGACAAUAUGUCCUGGAACGGUGCUGCUCGUAUUCAUGGUAUCCUUAUGGAUAAUUGCUUCAUGGACUUUGCGACAGUGUGAAAGGUUUCAUGACGAAGAACAUGCAAAUCUUUUGAAUGCAAUGUGGCUGAUAGCAAUAACGUUUCUAAGUGUCGGUUUCGGUGAUAUUGUGCCCAAUACGUAUUGUGGACGCGGUAUUGCCGUCAGUACAGGAAUAAUGGGCGCCGGUUGCACUGCACUGCUUGUUGCGGUCGUCUCGAGGAAAUUGGAGCUUACUCGUGCGGAGAAACAUGUACAUAACUUCAUGAUGGACACACAAUUAACGAAAAGGCUGAAAAAUGCAGCGGCAAAUGUUCUUCGUGAAACUUGGCUCAUUUACAAACAUACAAGACUAGUAAAACGGGUUAAUCCCGGACGUGUAAGAACCCACCAAAGAAAGUUCCUUCUAGCUAUAUAUGCGUUACGAAAAGUUAAAAUGGACCAACGAAAACUAAUGGAUAACGCAAAUACAAUAACAGAUAUGGCGAAGACUCAAAAUACAGUCUACGAAAUUAUUUCUGAUAUGUCUAGUCGUCAAGAUGCAAUCGAAGAACGACUUACAAAUUUAGAAGACAAACUGCAAUCGUUACAGGAUCAUUUAGAGAGCCUACCCGAUAUAAUGUCUCGUUGUCUAACCCAGCACCAAGAACGAAUCGAACAACGCAAGAACUUUCUACAUCCAGACGCAGCGGCCACAUCAAUGCAGCCAUCACCACAGUCUCUAUUUAACGCAUCGCCUAUAUUAUUUCCCCACUCAAGAAGUGUUCCCUCAUCCAAUAAUGUUGCUGCAACAUACCAUUGGCCAACCAGUCCUAUUUUGCCACCUGUAUCUAGUAGAACUCCACAUUUAGUGCCUGAUACUCACAUGCCAUCGAAUGGAUCUGCCGCAGUUAAUAGCUACGCAUCUUCCAAUAAAUACGGCAGCUGA